AUGUCGUGGCAAACAUAUAUUGAUGAUCAUCUCAUUGCAACUGGGAAGAUCUCUAGGGCCGGCAUUUAUGGCCAUGAUGGUACUUUGUGGGCGGGUUCACAAAAUUUCACUCCGAAGCCUGAAGAAGUCAAAAUUAUCAUUGAAUCUUUUGAUAAUGCUCAAAAAAUUCAAGAAAGUGGAAUACAUUGCAAUGGUGUCAAAUAUUUUGCACUUUCUCAUAAUGAACAAAAUCUUCAUGGCAAAAAGGGCACCGCUGGCAUUAUUGCCGAGAAAACAGCUCAAGCUGUUAUUAUUGGGACUUAUGAAGAAGGUACAGCGCCCGGUGAAGCCAAUACAAUCAUUUGGAAAUUAGGUGAAUAUUUAAGAGGUGGUUGGCAAUGGACUAUUUCCCGUAAAAAUAAUUCAAUGGAUAUUAAUGGAUCAAUGGAUAUUAAUAGAUCAAUGGAUAUAAUGGAUCAAUGGGUAUUAAUGGAUCAAUGGGUAUUAAUGGAUCAAUGGGUAUCAAUGGAUCAAUGGGUAUCAAUGAGAUAUACAAUGUCAGAAUUCGACUUUAACGAACAUUCGCAUCGUCGCUAUAACCCAUUAACAAAUUCUUGGGUCUUAUGCUCCCCACAUCGAACCAAAAGACCUUGGCAGGGUCAACAGGAAACAGCUGAUAAUGAAUCGUUACCUAGUUAUGAUCCGAGCUGCUAUCUUUGCCCAGGAAAUAGACGUGCACAAGGAGAUACAAACCCUGAGUACCAAAACACGUUCGUCUUCACUAAUGACUUUGCCGCCGUAAAAAGUGAUCAACCUCAAUUUCUUCAUAAAACUGACGGUGUCAGAGGAGAAUGUAAAGUUAUGUGCUUUUCUCCAAAACAUAAUAUCACCAUUGCUGAAAUGUCAGAAGAUGCCAUCAUUCCCGUGAUUAAAGCAUGGAUAGAAGUUUAUCGAAAUUCUUUUUCUAUACCUUAUAUUAAUCACGUACAAAUUUUUGAGAACAAGGGCGCAAUAAUGGGAUGUUCCAAUCCUCAUCCCCAUUGCCAAAUUUGGUGUACUGAAUCAAUUCCUGAAGAGCCUACCAAAGAAAUUAUUUCCAUGACAAAAUAUUAUGAAAAAAAUAAUUCUUGUCUUUUAUGCGAUUAUGUUCUAUUAGAAACGGUAAAGUUAAAAGAUAAAUCAAGAAUAGUGUGUGAAAAUGAUUCGUUUGUAUGCGUGACACCAUUCUGGGCGAUAUGGCCAUAUGAGACCAUGAUAAUUGCAAAAUCUCAUGUAACAAGUUUGAUUGAAUUGGAUGGAGAAAAACAACUAAGUGAUCUUGCGGACAUUAUUCGUAGGAUUACAUGUAGAUAUGAUAAUAUAUUUAAAUGCUCUUUUCCUUACUCUAUGGGAAUUCAUCAAGCACCUGUUGAUGAAAAGGAUCAUUCACAUGAUUCGCAUUUGCAUUUACAUUUUUAUCCUCCGUUAUUGAGAAGUUCAUCUAUUAAAAAAUUUUUGGUUGGGUAA